AUGACACUAGGUUCUCAGUCCUUUGAUUAUCGAUUUGCCCCUAUUGAAAUAGAUUCCAACGGCACACGGUUUCAUCCUCCAAAUGAGCUUGAGACCCCCGACUCCCUCUUCACAACGGGGUAUCCGUUCGCUGCUACCAUACCGUGGCUCCGUUGGCUUCGCCGCACAAAUAACCGCGAGUGCCUUAUUUUUGCUGACGGCGCUUGCCUUGGGAAUGGCACCGACCAAGCAAGGGCUGGCUGUGCGUUCGUCUUCCACCCUACUACCACGAACUCUCCCGCCGGGUAUACGUCGUUCAGACUAGAUCUCAAUGGCCCACAAGGGACGCGUGAGCCGCAAACAAGCAAUCGUGCCGAGCUACGAGCCACUAUUGGAAUUCUCCAGUUUCGUGCCUGGGUUGGCGAGGGCAUCCAAAGACUUGUCAUUGCGACCGACUCUUCAUACGUGGUUGACUGCGCUACGCAUAGAAUUCAUACUUGGCAGACUAACGGGUGGAGGACAUCGGGGCGUGAACCAGUCAAGAACCGAGAUCUUUGGGAGUUGUACCUGACAGAACUACGGCGCGUUAGCGACUUAGGAUUACAGGUUCUCUUCUGGAAAAUUCCAAGAGAAUGGAACACCACAGCUGAUGCACUGGCAAAACAAGCUGCCACUAUGGCUGAUGAAGAAGAAUUUUCGAAAAUCGUUGGCCUUGGUUGUUAG